UUUUUUCUAGUCCAAUGAUCUGACCAGACAACAAACAGUUCAUUCCCAGCAGACACAGCCACCUUCUCCUCUGUCUUCGGGCACCCUACUCUCUCUCUCUCUCUCUCUCUCUCCUUACUUUCUUGAAAUCCACACAUUCCUCAAUCAACUACUCCACUUUCCAGAUCUUUGAUCAGGUUUUUUCAUCGGAGGCGAUGGCGAAUCGAGUGAAGGAGGACGAGAAAAACGAGAGAAUUAUACGGAAUCUUCUCAAACUUGCUGACAAUCGACGGUGUAUUAACUGUAACAGCUUGGGACCACAAUAUGUAUGCACAAAUUUCUGGACAUUUGUAUGCACAAACUGCAGUGGGAUACAUUAUAUGUAGUCGGGAGUUCACACACAGAGUAAAAUCAGUGUCAAUGGCAAAGUUUAGUUCACAAGAAGUUACUGCUCUUCAAGAAGGGGGAAACACGCGUGCAAAAGAAAUUUAUUUCAAAGAAUGCGAUCCGCAGCGUCAUUAUGUCACCGAUGCCAGUAAUGUUGAGAGACUUCGGGACUUCAUUAAGCAUGUCUACGUUGAUAGAAGAUAUACUGGAGAGAAAAGCUUUGACAAACCUCCAAAGGUGAAGAUGGGUGAAACGGAGGACUCCUACGAAAGCAGGAGGACAGAUGCAUAUCAAGGUGGGCCUCGAAGCCCUCCAUAUGAGGACAUGAACGAACGCCGUUACAGCGACCGACCUAGCCCUGGCGGAAGAAGUGACGAAAAAAAUUACAGAAAGGGUAACGAAGAAAGAAAAAGCCCGGGAUAUGAUCAAGAAAGUCGGCAAUAUGGUGAUUCUAGGAGAAGUCCUGCCCAUACCAAGGUAGUCAACGACUGGCGACGGGAAGAUAGAUUUGGAAAUGGAAGGAGAUCAGACGAUGGGAGAAUUUCGGAUGGAAGUUAUAAACUCGAAGGUAGGUCACCUGAUCACCAAAAGGAUCUUCAAAGUUCUAGCCCCCCUAUUGUUCGCCCUGUUAGAGAGAUUCUGGGAGAGAAUGUUUCUCCCCUUCGGAUUAUUGAACCUCCGAAAGCUAAUGGUGGCAGGGCUACUGAUGGAACAGCUAGUACACAGAGAAGUGCAUCUUCCAGUAGCUUGGCAUCCUCUAAUGGGAACCCAGCAGAACUUAGAAGGGAGUAUUCAGGAUCUUUGAUCGACUUUGAUGCUGUUCCUGAACCUCCUACUACAGAAAUUCAACAAACACAACCAGCAGCUGUUGCUCAAUCUGUUGCGCAACCAACAACUUCAUCAAAUGCUGACAACUGGGCAUCUUUUGAUUCUCCCCCUGAGGUGAAAGUACCUCAAGCUCCUGCAAAUGCAAAUUCUCUGGAAUCUGUACUUUCACAAUUGUCGGUUUCAGCAUCUGUACCAGCUCAAACGGCUGGAAUUUUUGGCUCUGGUGGUUUUCCUACUACUGCACCUUUUGCCAGCAUGUCUGCAUUACCGUCUGCUAGUAAUUCACCAGGUGCAGCUGUGCCCGUAAACAACUCGACAAACUUGCCCCCUGUUGGUGCACCAGUGGCAUCACCUGUAGGGCAAGUAUCCAUGUCCCCCUUUGUGAUUGGUGCCCCUUGCUCGACAUCGGUGUUGCCGUCAAAUGCUGUUAAUUCAUUUGUUCAAGUUCCUGUUCAACAUUCUUUAUUUCCUCCCAGUAGUAGUCAGCCUACUGCUCAACCAUUCAAUCCACCAGUUAGUGGAUCUUCAAGAAAUCAGCCAUGGAAUUUGUCUCCUGUCUCAGAUAUACAAGUGCCUUCUAGAACUGCACAAACGUCUCCGGCUCCAUCAAAACCUGCCCCAGAGGUAACUUCCGAAGCUAUGGAAGUUAAGCCAAGUGGAAGAAAAGCAUUGCCAGAGGAUCUUUUUGCUGCAACUUAUCCAUCUUAUGCAAUGGUUCCAGGCUGGCAAACUCGUCCACCCUACAGAUUGGGGUUCAAUAUGCAAUAUAAUACUGCAAUGCCCAUGCCAACUUAUCCGCAGUUAUCGAAGUCGAUUAAUCCAUUUGAUGUCCCCAACGAAAUAUCUCCAGUUCAAGCUCUGAUGUUUCCUUCCGUGGCAUCCUUGCAAGGGGCUCUACCAAACGCGGCCGCUCCAGCAGGCUUAUUUCACUCUUCCAACCUUGGUACCCCUUCACCGUCAUUGAUGCCAUCCCUGUCAUCUUAUCCGUCAGCAAUGCCCACCCAUGCACCUACAUCAUUUUCAUCAGCAGUGCCUCCACCAAGUGCAUACAUGGGACAACAGGUACCAAGUAGCUUCCCACCCAGAAAGCAAGGACAAGGAGUAGUGGGAUUUAGCAAUGAUGCGGCCACUUUUGGAUCCUCAUUUCCGAAUCAGCAACUGGGAGGAAUGUAUUCAGCACCUACCGUUGGGAAUCCAUUCGGUUGAGCCGAUAUGAUAAAUUAUACCACAUUCUAUGGCAAGCAUCAUCUUGUUGCUCCCCUUGAAGCCAUUGGGUGGAAUUUUCAGUUUCCUUUCGUUGUAUAUUAAGCCAAAUGAUCCCGCCAACUACAGGGUUCGUCGCUAGAAGAAAAGAAGCUUCAGAGAUAGAUAAAGAUAAAGAGAGAGCAGUAAUGCGUACAUUAAGGGCGUUAGCACCUCAUGUGGACCAAGGUAAAUUCUUUGUAGUCAUGUCGAUUAUCUUUUCUUUCUUUUUUUUGGUGCAACAGAAGUUGUCAUGUCGAUUAUCGGUUCAGUGUUUCAUCAGGUUUUCUGUGUGUUAUGCCUGCUGCCCCUAUAAUUUGUACUAUCAUUUUUAGGCUUGGUUAACUUCUGUGUGAUUUUAAAAUUGUCUUCACAAUUUUGUGAGGUCAUAUUUGGCACUGAGUUUCUAAAAUGAGAGUUUGUAAAGCAUAUGUUGAACUGGUUGUGCCAUUGGCAUUAAAGUUGAUAUCUUUAUUAGUUUUAUUUUUCA